ACAAAUAACUUUCAAUCAUGUAUAGAUGUGGUAGGACGUGCAAUCACGCACGAAUUUUCGUCAGAAAUUUAAAGAAAAAUGAGGAAACAUCACAAAAUAUAUUUUCCAGAACAUACAGAUUCACUCGGAAAGAGCCGGCAAAUCGUCUACAGCUUUACUCCCAUCGUUCAUUAGAGCUUCCGGCUCAUAUCGGCUCGCUAUUAUGUAUCGGGACUGGAAUGAUAUUUUUUGGAGCUGCCGCUUUCCAAUGUUCCAGCGAAGCCAAAGCUGCAGAAAAACAAGAAGAUGAUGAAGAAGCCCAAACUGAAGAAGAGCCUGUUCUUCCAGAGAUUCCAGAAUCAACACAAUAUUUAUUAAUCGGAGGAGGAACAGCAUCACACUCAGCCAUGAGGGCGAUUAAGAAGAGAGAUCCAACUGCAAAGAUUCUCAUAAUAACGGAGGAAGAGAUGCGACCCUACAUGCGCCCACCACUUUCAAAAGAAUUGUGGUUUUCCGAUGAUAAAGAGGCCGCGAAGGAAUUGCAAUUCAAACAGUGGAACGGAAAAUGGAGGAAUCUAUUCUAUGAGGAGGAGGACUUCUAUGUCAAGCCCUCGAAAUUACCAACACUGACCUCCGGUGGUGUUGCUCUUUUAAGAGGAAAGAAGGUGACAAAAAUAAGUCCGAAGCACAGUUCGGUGACGCUGGACGAUGGAACGGAGAUCAAAUACGAGAAGUGUUUAAUCGCAACGGGGGGUGAACCAAAAAAUUUACCGGCUUUUAAAAAGUUGGGGAAUAAAACUACACUGUUUAGAAAGGCUUCUGAUUUCGUUUCGCUCGACGCCAUCACGGACAAUAUUGAAUCAAUAACUGUGAUUGGUGGAGGAUUCAUGGGGAGUGAACUUGCAUGUGCUCUCGGACACAAAAGUGCUAAGUCCGGUUUGAAAGUUCGACAAAUCUUUCCCGAAUCUGGCAACAUGGGCAGAGUGUUCCCUGAGUAUUUAACAAAAUGGACAACAGAGAAAGUUCAGAAUGAAGGUGUCGAAGUCAUCACUGAUUCCGUUGUCAAAUCCGUGUCACGAGAUGGCGCUAAAGUGAAAAUGACUUUGAGCAAUGGGGAGGAGAUCACCACUGACCAUGUAGUUGUCGCAGUUGGUCUUGACAUCGACACGAGCCUUGCAGAAUCUGCAGGAAUUGAAGUUGAUGAAACGCAUGGAGGGUACAGGGUUAAUGCUGAGCUACAAGCCAGAAAUAAUAUAUGGGUGGCUGGUGACGCUUCCUGUUUCUACGACAUCAAGCUUGGCCGUAGAAGAGUCGAGCAUCACGAUCAUGCUGUUGUCAGCGGAAGAUUGGCCGGGGAAAAUAUGACGGGGGCUGGAAAGCCGUACUGGCAUCAAUCAAUGUUCUGGUCAGAUCUAGGGCCAGAUGUUGGUUACGAAGCCAUCGGGCUUGUUGAUUCAGCUUUACCAACAGUCGGAGUGUUUGCCAAGGCAACAGCUGAAGACACUCCCCGUGCUGCUGCAGAAGCCAGUGGAGAGGGAAUCCGAUCUGAGCAAGAUUCUGAAAAUGUUGAACAAACGCAAUCCAUUCCAACUUCUGAAGAGAAAGAAGAAUUUGGGAAAGGCGUCAUAUUUUAUCUCAGAAAAAAUAAAGUUGUCGGAGUUUUAUUGUGGAAUAUUUUUGGGAGAACCGGAGUUGCUAGAAAGAUAAUUCGAGACCAGCAGGAAUAUGAAGACUACAGUGAACUUGCAAAAUACAUCGAGAAGAGUUUGAAGAGUAAUCUUCUGCUGUCAGCCAAUCAAAAUAGUUUAUCUAUAAUGUUCAAACGCAAUCAGAGUUUCAGAAAAACGCUAUUUUAUAAUUAG